UACCUACGCACAGGCAAGUUCGUGAACAGGCGCGCGCGAACGCGUCCACAUGUUUUCACAUCGUCAUAUAUACGCGUGUGCGAAUGAUUGAUGCUGGUGUGCGAAAAUGUAUGCAUGCACAUGAAGUUCCUCGUUUUAAUUAUUCGUUAAUUCUUAUCGACCUAAUCCAUGUUCUAAAAACAAUUGGAGUAAGAUAUUACCCUAACCUUAUCUCUAUUCGUUUCUUUUAUUUGAAAAUUUUAAAGUUAUGAAGAUGUUGAAUGCUGGCAGAGGAUCUGUUCGAUUCCUCUCAUUGAACUCGGCAGCUCCAUUAAGAACUAAAAAAGGACGAAUUAUGGAUUCAAUAAUUAGAGUGGAUCAUGCAGGCGAAUUUGGAGCAGACAGAAUAUAUGCUGGGCAAAUGGCUAUACUAAGAAAUUCACCAUCUGGUCCAAUGAUCGAACAUAUGUGGAAGCAAGAGCAGGUUCAUAGGCAAAAAUUUGAGGAAUUAAUUCGGAAAUACGGCGUUCGACCUACAGCUCUACUUCCCGUUUGGAAUGUAGCAGGCUUUUUACUUGGUGCCAGUACUGCCUUACUCGGUGAAAAAGCAGCCAUGGCCUGCACAGUCGCCGUUGAGGAUGUCAUUGUGGAGCAUUAUAACGAUCAACUAAGAACUUUGAUGGAAAUUGGCAAUGAAGACGAUAAAGAAAUCCUUGACACGAUCAAGAAAUUUAGAGACGAUGAAUUAGAUCACUACGAUACAGGAUUAAAACAUGGAGCUAAGCAGGCUCCAUUCUACGAAGCUCUUACGAAUGUCAUUAAAUUAAGCUGCAAGACUGCUAUUACAAUAUCUAAAGUUAUUUAGACAUAAAGUCUUGUGAAAAUGUAGAAAAGUAUAUAAACUUAUUUUGGACAACUUUUUAAUCAAAUUGUAAUUCGCCUUCAAAAGAACUUAUUCUUGUGCAGUCGAUAGCUCAUAAUUUGAAUAUUUACAUCGAGACCUUAUAAAGUAUUUUAAGUAUCUAAAGACUUCGUACGUGCUACUCUGUGACAGUAUUGGCACGUAGUUUUUAUUAUAAUAUUGCUUUAAUAAAGCUAAUGCUAAUAAAGAUGAAUUAAAGC